AUGGCAUCCCUGGAAGGUCCCAGUCCAUUCCCUAGGGUGUCCCCAACGUGUCCCCAACAUGUCACAGGGAUCAGCCUCCCCGAGGGCGUGGACCCGUCCUUCCUGGCGGCGCUGCCUGACGACAUCCGGCGGGAGGUGCUGCAGAACCAGCUGGGGAUCCGCCCACCUGCACGGGCCCCGCCCACCGCCAGCCCCGCCCCGCCCGUGGUGGCCAACCCCGGCCUCACCGAGGUCAGCCCCGAGUUCCUGGCGGCGCUGCCCCCGGCCAUCCAGGAGGAGGUGCUGGCGCAGCAGCGGGCGGAGCAGCAGCGGCGGGAGCUGGCUCAGGCCACGGGCUCGGACGCGCCCAUGGACCCGGUGACGUUCAUCCAGACGCUGCCGUCCGAGCUGCGGCGCUCGGUGCUGGAGGACAUGGAGGACUCGGUGCUGGCCGUGAUGCCGCCGGACAUCGCGGCCGAGGCGCAGGCGCUGCGGCGCGAGCAGGAGGCGCGGCAGCGGCAGCUCAUGCACGAGCGCCUCUUCGGCCACUCCAGCACCUCGGCGCUCUCGGCCAUCCUGCGCAGCCCCGCGUUCACCAGCCGGCUCAGCGGGAACCGGGGCGUUCAGUACACGCGGCUGGCGGUGCAGAGGGGGGGCACCUUCCACAUGGGGGGCACCGGCACCCACAGCAGGCCGGCGGGCAGCAGCGUGGACAGCCUGCUGCGCCUGCGCGGGCGGCUGCUGCUGGACCACGAGGCUCUGUCCUGCCUGCUGGUGCUGCUCUUCGUGGACGAGCCCAAGCUGAACACCAGCCGCCUGCACCGCGUCCUGCGCAACCUCUGCUACCACGCUCCCACGCGGGGCUGGGUGGUCCGCAGCCUGCUGUCCAUCCUGCAGCGCAGCAGCGAGAGCGAGCUGUGCCUCGAGACCCCCCGCGGGACCCCCGGGCCGGGCUCCGAGGAGCGGCCGCGGGGCCGAGGCGGCGGAAGCCGCGCCGGGCCCGGCUCGGCCGCGGAGCCGCGCGGGUUGGACCUGCUGCACCGCAUGGAAUCGCGCAGCUCCGGGCAGCUGUCCUGGCUCUCCGUGUCCAUGGACGCGGCCUUGGGCUGCAGGACCAACAUCUUCCAGAUCCAGCGCGUGCCCGGCCGCAAGCACACGGAGAAACACGCGGCGGCCGCCGGCUCCGCCGUCCACAUCCACCCCCAGGCCGCGCCCGUGGUGUGCCGGCACGUGCUGGACACCCUCAUCCAGCUGGCCAAGGUCUUCCCCAGCCACUUCACCCAACAACGAGGCCGAGACCCCACCACCGACCCGGAGCGCGACCGCGGCCCCCCCAAAGACCAGGGGGAUGAGGACAGGGGGAUGGGGAUAGGGACAGGAGGACAGGGUGGGAGGGGGACAUGGGGGAUGGGGACAUGGGGACAGAGAUGGGACAUGGUGACAGGAUGUCACAACAGCACAGGGAGCAGCCUGGGCAGGGUGGGGGUGGCAUCUCGGUGGCAUCUCCCACCCACUGCCACCACCCCCACCGCUGUGUCCCUGCUGUCCCCAGCCCCUGCCAAGAGCUCCAAGUCCCCUGCCAAGGUCCCCGAGGGUGGCUCCGACCCCCGGCUGGCAGCCACGGGCCUGACCGAGAGCCAGCUCCAGCUCUCCGUGGAGGUGCUGACAUCACACUCGUGCUCGGAGGAGGGGCUGGAGGACGCGGCCAAUGUCCUGCUGCAGCUGUCACGGGGGGACGCGGGGACAAGGGACACGGUGCUGCGGCUGCUGCUCAGCGGGGCCCGGCAGCUGGGGGGGGCCCUGUGCCGCCAGAUCUGUCCCUGUCCUGGCUUCGACACGGCCGAGAGCGUGGUCAUCGUGGCGUCUCAGAAGCGCGCUCUGGGCGGCCGGGAGCUGCAGCUGCCCUCCAUGUCCGUGCUGACCUCCAAGACGUCCACGCAGCGCUUCUUCCUGCGCGUGCUGCAGGUCAUCAUCCAGCUGCGCGACGACACGCGCCGGGCGCACCGCAAGGCCAAGCAGCCCGGCCGGCUGGGCGCCGCGGGGCUGGGGGCGGCCGGCAGCAUCCAGGCCGCCGUCCGGCAGCUGGAGGCCGAGGCCGACGCCAUCAUACAAAUGGUACGUGAGGGCCAGAGGGCCCGGAGGCGGCAGCAGGGAGACACGUCGGAGGCCGGGCCCGCGGACGCCGUCCCCCGGCGCGAGGAGUCGCCCAUGGACGUGGACCAGCCCUCGCCCGCCCCGCAGGACGUGGGCCCCGAGGCCGCGCAGGGCGGGGACCGGGACAGGGACAGGGACAGGGAGGAGCGGCCCCCCGAGCUGCCCCUGCUGAGCGAGCAGCUGAGCCUGGACGAGCUGUGGGACAUGCUGGGAGAGUGCCUCAAGGAGCUCGAGGAGUCCCACGACCAGCACGCCGUGCUCGUGCUGCAGCCGGCCGUCGAGGCGUUUUUCCUGGUGCACGCCACGGAGCGCGAGAGCCGCCCGCCGGUGCGGGACACGCGGGAGAGCCAGCUGGCACACAUCAAGGACGAGCCACCCCCGCUGUCCCCUGCGCCCCUCACCCCCGCCACCCCCUCUGCCCUGGACCCCUUCUUCUCACGGGAGCCCUCGGCCAUGCACAUCUCGGCCAGCCUGCCCCCGGACACGCAGAAAUUCCUGCGCUUCGCCGAGACCCACCGGACGGUGCUGAACCAGAUCCUGCGGCAAUCCACCACACACCUGGCCGACGGCCCCUUCGCCGUGCUGGUCGACUACAUCCGCGUGCUGGACUUCGACGUCAAGCGCAAGUAUUUCAGGCAGGAGCUGGAGCGCCUGGACGAGGGGCUGCGUAAGGAGGACAUGGCCGUGCACGUCCGGCGCGACCACGUCUUCGAGGACUCGUACCGGGAGCUGCACCGUAAAUCCCCCGAGGAGAUGAAGAACCGCCUGUACAUCGUGUUCGAGGGCGAGGAGGGCCAGGACGCCGGGGGGCUGCUGCGGGAGUGGUACAUGAUCAUCUCCCGCGAGAUGUUCAACCCCAUGUACGCCCUGUUCCGCACCUCGCCCGGCGACCGCGUCACCUACACCAUCAACCCCUCGUCCCACUGCAACCCCAACCACCUGAGCUACUUCAAGUUCGUGGGCAGGAUCGUGGCCAAGGCCGUCUACGACAACCGGCUGCUGGAGUGCUACUUCACCCGCUCCUUCUACAAACACAUCCUGGGCAAGUCCGUGCGGUACACGGACAUGGAGAGCGAGGACUAUCACUUCUACCAGGGCCUCGUGUACCUGCUGGAGAACGACGUCUCCACGCUGGGCUACGACCUCACCUUCAGCACUGAGGUGCAGGAAUUCGGGGUGUGCGAGGUGCGGGACCUGAAGCCCAACGGGGCCAACGUGCUGGUGACGGAGGAGAACAAGAAGGAGUACGUGCACCUCGUGUGCCAGAUGCGCAUGACCGGCGCCAUCCGGAAGCAGCUGGCGGCGUUCCUGGAAGGAUUCUACGAGAUCAUCCCCAAGCGCCUCAUCUCCAUCUUCACGGAGCAGGAGCUGGAGCUGCUCAUCUCGGGGCUGCCCACCAUCGACAUCGACGACCUCAAGGCCAACACCGAGUACCACAAGUACCAGGGCAACUCCAUCCAGAUCCAGUGGUUCUGGCGUGCCCUGCGCUCCUUCGACCAGGCCGACCGCGCCAAGUUCCUGCAGUUCGUGACGGGCACGUCCAAGGUGCCCCUGCAGGGAUUCGCCGCCCUCGAGGGCAUGAACGGCAUCCAGAAAUUCCAGAUCCACCGCGACGACCGCUCCACCGACCGGCUGCCCUCGGCCCACACCUGCUUCAACCAGCUGGACCUGCCGGCCUACGAGAGCUACGAGAAGCUGCGGCACAUGCUGCUGCUGGCCAUCCAGGAGUGCUCCGAGGGCUUCGGGCUGGCCUAGGGGGGCCGCGCCGGCCCCCCGCAGGGGCUCUAUAAAUAUAUAUAUAUUUUUUGGUUC